AUGGUUCGAUCUCUUGCUCUUUUCGCUGGCGCCAUUGCCACUGUCGCCGCCGCCCAGACAACCACCGUCAACUUCUUCCUCCCCGGAUUCGAUGAUCAACCUCUUGUAGGAUCUGUCGUCGCCGUCAAGGGCGAGGCGACUAGUGUUGCCAUCAACUGCGCUGAGGGAACCGACCCCAGCGACUGCGGCAUCCAGGAAGAGCGCACUAUUGUUGGUGGUCCCUCCACCAUGGAUAUCAGCUACUCCUACAGCCCUCCCGAGGAGUACGGCGGUGGUCUCAUUGAUCAAAGAACUGGCUGCAAACUGGACCCCAAGAAGGAUGUGGCCUUCUGCUCUGUCGAAGCAACAAACGUCAUUUCUGGUGUUACCGAGUCUAUGGCCACCUCAACUGCUCUCAGUGGAUACAAGCAGCUCAUCAUGCCCAUCACCAUCACUGCUGGCGCUGAGAAGUUGAACGGCGGUGACGCCUCUGCCACUGCCUCUGCCUCUGACUCCGAGGCCACUACUGCCGGCAAGCCCAAGGAUACCGGUGCACAAGCUACUGGUUCUGCCACUACUUCUGGAGCUGACGCUGAUGCCACUCCCUCUCCCGUUGAGUCUGACAACGCUGCCGGUCCCAUGGUAACCCAGAACGCCAUCCUGGCUGCCGCUGCCAUUGUCGGUGGUGCUGCCAUGCUGCUGUAA